AUGGCAAGCAAAAGCUCUAGUCUUUCAUGGCUUCUCCUGAUCAAUACUCUCGCCUGCACUCUCCUUGUUGGUCACUCAGCUUCUCAGAAUGACCGAAAGGCUUAUAUUGUGUACAUGGGCAACAGGCAGUUGGAUGAGGCUUCCACAUCAUCCCUUCAUACAAGCAUGCUACAAGAAGUCAUUGGCAGUAUUGGACCGAAAUCUUUAAUCCAUAGCUACACAAGGAGUUUCAAUGGAUUUGCAGCGGAGUUAACCAAGCAAGAAGCUCAAAAAAUAGCUGGAAUGGAUGGCGUGGUGUCUGUUUUUCCUAGCAAACAACUAAGUCUUCAAACAACAAGGUCAUGGGACUUUCUUGGCUUUCCACAGCAAGUUCCUAGAAGACCUAUUGAAAGUGACAUCAUUAUAGGAGUGUUUGACAGUGGAAUUUGGCCAGAGUCCGAAAGCUUUAGUGAUGAAGGAUUUGGUCUACCACCUAUCAAAUGGAAGGGCACCUGCCAAGCCUCUACCAAUUUCACUUGCAACAAUAAAAUCAUUGGUGCACGAUAUUACCGUAGCAGUGGAUCAUUUACCGAAGAAGAUAUUAUUUCUCCUAGAGAUAUAAGUGGUCAUGGUACACAUACUGCAUCAACAGCAGCUGGGAAUUUAGUUAGCAUGGCAAGCCUACUGGGGUAUGGGUUGGGAACAGCACGAGGAGGAGUUCCAUCAGCACGUAUUGCUGUCUACAAAAUAUGUUGGUCCGUUGCCGAUUCCUGUGAUGAUGCUGACAUUCUUAAAGCAUUUGAUGAUGCCAUUGCUGAUGGCGUUGAUAUAAUAUCUUUUUCCGUCGCUAGCAGAAUUUUUCGGCCCAUUUUUCAAGAUACAAUAGCCAUUGGUUCCUUUCAUGCUAUGAGUAAAGGAAUAUUGACAUCAAUGGCUGCUGGUAACGAAGGUCCAGGUCUAGCAACCAUCUCAAACAUUUCGCCAUGGUCUCUCUCUGUGGCUGCAAGUACCAUAGACCGAAAGUUCACCACUAAGGUCCAAUUAGGUAACAACAAGAUCUAUGAGGGAAUUUCAAUUAAUACAUUUGACCUCAAGAAUGAAACAUAUCCAAUAAUUUAUGGUGGAGAUGCACCAAACACUACGGGAGAUUUCCAGGGCUCCGUUUCCAGGCUUUGCAAUAUAGAAGGUUCGCUGGAUGAAAAUUUGGUGAAGGGUAAAAUUGUACUUUGCGAUGGCCUGAAUACUGGGGAAGUGGCAUUUGUAGCUGGUGCGGCGGGUACUGUGAUGCAAGGCCGAGCCGGGCUAAUAGCUUCAAGGACUUUUCCCUUGCCUGCGUCUUACCUUGACUUACAGGAUGGUAGCAAGGUGUACUCGUACAUAAAAUCAGCUAGAAGCCCAACCGUAACUAUUCUUAAGAGUGAGGAGGGUAAUGAUACAUUUUCUCCAUACAUAGCCUCCUUCUCAUCAAGGGGCCCAAGUCCAGCUACUUUCAACAUUCUCAAGCCGGAUUUAGCUGCUCCUGGCGUCAACAUCCUAGCGGCAUGGUCUCCACUUUUCCCAAUUACAAAAAUGAUUGGUGAUGACAGAUUGUUGUCAUACAAUAUAGUCUCCGGAACAUCAAUGGCUUGCCCACAUGCUACAGGGGCAGCUGCCUACAUCAAAUCAUUUCACCCCUCAUGGUCACCUGCCGCUAUCAAAUCAGCACUUAUGACUACUGCUACUCCCAUGAGUGCUGAAAAGAACCCAGAAGCUGAAUUUGCAUAUGGUGCAGGCAAUAUAAAUCCUCUUAAGGCACCAAAUCCUGGUUUAAUAUAUGAUAUUGAUGCACUUGACUACAUAAAAUAUUUGUGUAGUGAAGGAUAUAAUACCAAGUUAUUAGAACUUGUUACUAGGGACAAUAGUAGCUGUUCUAAAGCCACUAAUGGAAGGGUCUUCGAUCUCAACUAUCCUUCAUUUGCCCUAUCGACGCCACCCUCGGAAUCUAUUAGUCAUGUUUUCAAUCGGACCGUCACCAAUGUGGGAUCACCAACGUCUACGUAUAAAGCUAUUGUGACCACCCCACUUGGACUUACAAUCAAAGUGAACCCUACCGUUCUAUCAUUCACAUAUCUUGGACAAAAGCUAUCGUUUGCAUUCACGAUUGAAGGAACAUUAAUAGAUAAAUUUAUUGCCUCUGCUGCUUUAGUGUGGGAUGAUGGUACCUUCCAGGUGAGGAGCCCCCUCAUUGUGUCUGUUGAAUGA